AACUCACUAUAAAAUUUCGUCAUCAUUAGUUACUGCGAACAAGCAAACUAACAACCCGCGAGUUCUCCGGGACUCGACAACCGCCGAAUCCCUAACUAUGUAAUUUUGUUUCUCCCGGCGAUACUCGGAACGGUUUUCCGGUGAUUUUCCGUUGUCGUGAUGGAUCAGAACCAGAGUAACGGCAGCACUAGCAGUUCGAGAACCUCGUACUGGACGAACGAGAGGCACGGACAUUUCCUGAACUCGCUCGAGGCUUCGUUCGUUCGGAACAUGUUCGGAAAACACGACGACGACGACGACGACGACGACGAUCGGCGCCUCGACCGUGUUUUGCCGGACAGUGCCGAGUCAACUCUCGACCUCGGAUCGGGAAAUGGAAGGCGAAGGGGACAUUCUUCUACAGGAUUGCAAGAUAUUUUAAGGAAAAGAGUUGAUGCAGACAAGGCAUCAAGGAGACCGUCAUCCAAAUCCUUUACCUCAAAUCAAGAUCAGGUGGUCCCACAGCUAAAAUAUGGAAAAGAGGAUAAGGAUGCUGAAAACAACGUUGAUGCUUCUCAAGACCGACGACGACAAAACUAAUUAAUUAAAACCAGCCAUAGCCCAUCCCUAUUUCUUAAUGGUCAUUUGGUGAUUUAUUUUGUAAUGUGUUGAGCGGUACGAACUUAGAGUCCAUUAAUAAUGGCAGCUUUUUUUUUUCUUUUUUCUUUUUUUCUUUUUUCCCAAUGUAUAUUUGAUCCCGUGUGUCACUCCCGAGGGUAUAUAUGCUACAAUCUUUCUCAUCUCCA